UAGUGGAUAGCUGGCUAAAUGGAAGACUCAACUCCACUGGGUCGACUUCGACUCACUCACUCACACACAUUUGUUGCUUUCUCUCUCCUCUUUCUACAUUCGCUUCGCUCGGUGAGAAAAACGGUUUGAGCCAGCGAAGCCGUGGCAGCAAAAAAGACGAGAUCUGCAGCGACGCGGCUCUAACAACUUAAACCCUCUCUCUCGGCUCAGAUCCACUACACGCCGAUCUCUUCUCUCAGCUAAAAUUUAAUCUCUCUCCAUUUUCCCUCCUUCUUGAUCACAGUCAGAAUUCUCCGCCAAAAUUGAAUUUCUGAAUAAUUCUUCCUCGUGAACUCUCCCUCUCCCCUUUCUGAUAAUAAUAAUAGGUGAUGAUUACAUGGACUGGGGUGUUAAUAAUAAUCACAACAACAAUCACUACAGAACGUACAAAGACGAUAAUAAUAAUAAUAAUAAAUCCAUGACGGAUUUGACACUCAUUUCAAACAUGGAUCCUGUAAAUAUUGGCCUUGGUUGUUCAGAAAAGCCAAUUCCUGUCACUUCAGUCAAACCAAGAAAGAAAACAAUGACUUCAGUUUAUUUGAAGUUCUUUGAGACUGCUACUGAUGGAAAAACAAGGAGAUGCAAGUUUUGUGGACAAACUUAUUCCAUUGCAACCGCCACAGGCAAUUUGGGGAGGCAUCUUGCUAAUCGCCAUCCAGGAUAUGAUAAGUCGGUGGAAGCUGUCAGCAAUUCAGCAACUCGGCCGACUACUGUUGUCAAGAAGUCUCAGCCUCAAGAGAAAGCAAACGAGAUGGAUUAUGAUCAUCUAAAUUGGUUACUCGUUAGGUGGCUUGUUUUAGCUUCUCUCCCACCUUCAACUCUAGAAGAGAAGUGGCUUGUGAAUUCUUACAAGUUUUUGAAUCCAUCUAUACAAAUUUGGCCUCAUGACAAGUACAGAACUGUACUUGAUGAAGUUUUCAGAAGUAUGAGGGAAGAUGUAAGAGCAUUGUUAGAACAGGUUUCUUUUAAGUUAUCCAUCACACUUGAUUUCUGGACUUCUUUUGAACAGAUCUUCUAUAUGAGUGUAACGUGUCAGUGGAUUGACAAAAACUGGAGCUUCCAGAAGUUGCUUCUUGAUAUCUGUCGCAUACCCUAUCCAUGUGGGGGUGCAGAAAUCUAUCGUUGCCUCGUGAAAGUUCUUAAAUUUUACAAUAUUGAGAACAGAGUCCUGUCAUGUACCCAUGAUAAUAGUUCAGGUGCAAUGCAUGCCUGCCAUACUUUGAAAGAGGACUUGGAUGGUCAGAAAAUAGGACCAUUCUGUUAUAUUCCCUGCGCUGCUCGUACUUUGAACUUGAUAAUAGAUGAUGGAUUGAGAUCUGUAAAACAAGUAAUUUCGAAGAUCCGAGAGUUUGUAAUAGAGUUAAAUGCCUCAUCAGUAAUUUCUCAGGAUUUUAUUCAAAUAUCAACAGCUUAUCAAGAAGGUACUUGGAAAUUUCCUCUCGAUGUUUCAGCUAGGUGGAGUGGAAACUACCAAAUGCUUGAUGUUGUUCGCAAGGCUGGUAAGUCAGUGGAUGCGGUUAUUCGUAAAUAUGAGGAGACACUAGGCAGUAGGAUACUGUUGGGACCAUCGGACAAAAGUGUGGUUAACAUCAUGCAUCAAUAUCUUGAACCAUUCUACAAGACCACGAACGACAUCUGCACCAGCAAGGUUCCAACCGUUGGACUUGUCCUUUUCUUUAUGGAUCACAUCUCAGAAACAAUUGCUACAUGCAGAGAAUCACGUCCCAGCCCAGAAUGGCUAAAAAGUGCUGCAGAAGAAAUGGCUAAAAAGGCUAGAAACUAUAUCAAUCAAGUUUGCAACAUAUUUACAUAUAUGACAGCUAUUCUAGAUCCUCGAAUAAAGGGAGAGCUGAUUCCCGAUAGUUUAAACUCACAAAGUUUUCUGGAAGAAGCAAGGACGCAUUUCAUAAGAAAUUAUUCUGUUAACCAUUUAUCCCUCAUGAGUUCUGGUUACAAUGCACAAGAAAUAGAAGAUGGUGGCAAUGUUUCUUUUGCUGAGGAAAUAGCUCGCAAAAAGCGUAGGACGAACAUGACCUCUGCCACUGAUGAGCUUACACAAUACUUGUCAGAGGCUCCAGCUCCUAUAGCAACAGAUGUUCUAGAGUGGUGGAAGAUCAACAGUGCACGCUACCCUAGACUGUCUGUGAUGGCUAGAGAUUUCCUUGCUGUGCAAGCAACUUCAGUAGUGCCUGAAGAACUUUUCUGUGGCAAGGGUGAUGAAAUAGACAAGCAACGAUUCUGUAUGCAGCACGAUAGCACACAAGCUAUUCUUUGUAUCAAGUCAUGGAUUCAGGUUGGAAUCAAGUUCAAGUUUAAAUCGACUGAGAUAGAUUAUGAGAGGUUGAUGGAACUAGCAGCUGCAACAGAUAAUAGCCCUGCGAUUUCUGAGAAGAAGCAAAAAUUAUAAUAGAAAAUGGCAGCAUUGACAGUUCGUAAUUAACAUGCAACAUUACUGUCACUGUUAGUUAUAUAUAUCUUGACUUUGGCUCAUUUUCACUCAUCGUCAAAGUAGAUUAAGUUAACUGUUUUUAUUUUUAAAAAAAACUUAUUGAAGUACUAUAUUAAUAUGGUAUAAUGUAUCGUAUUAAUAUAAUGUAUUAUGUUGUACAGCUCUGAAUUCUGAAAAUUACUAACCCAGAGAGAUAUGAAAUAUGCUCCUUGAUGAUGGAACUCUCCGUCUCUUUGUGCCUGCAUGAUUUAACAAUAAAAAAACAUUUUUGUUUUA